GUUCGCCCAGCUGGAUCCGUCCAUCAGUGGACGGGGGGCGCAGACUGUGUACCGCGACAAAGAAGGCAAGCGAGUGAGCAAUCUGGAGGCCAUCAUGGCGGAGGAGAAGGCCAAGAAGAGCCGCGUGCUGCCACCACCCGAGUGGGGCAAGGGUCUGGUGCAGAAGAGGGAGGCGGAGAGGCAGCAGGCUGACCUGGAUGCUGUGGCUGCUCGGCCGUUCGCUGCCUAUGAGAACGACGAGGAGCGCGAUCGCAUGCUCAAGAACGCGGUGCGCUUUGGUGACCCCAUGGCACAUCUCGUCAAGAGCAACAUAUCAGCGGACGCCCUGCUGGAGGACAUGAGUCGAGACCCAGCCAUGCAGGCCUCGGGCUUCACAGUACCACAGGCCAUCCCACCCCACAGCUGGCUCAAGCGCCGUGUGUCCGCCCCGCACAACCGCUACGGCAUCCGCCCCGGCCGCCACUGGGACGGUGUUGAUCGCAGCAACGGGUUCGAGCGGGAGAUGUUCAAGCAGAAGAACGAGAUGCAGGCGCGGGAGCAGGAGGCCUACAUGUGGUCCGUUGCCGACAUGUGA